AUGAAUGACCAGGAAGUAUACCUCUCUUCCUUUGUAGUUGCUUUUGAAUGGAGUGGAUCAGAAGACGGUAUAAGUGGAACGGAAGAUAUUCAUCGAGAAUGCAUCCAAGAAAAUCUUCCGCAAAUGUCCCAUUCAAUGGAUUUAAAGCGCGUAGUUUUAUUGGACGAACUUAUUGAAAAUGGUUGCCUUACAGAAAAUGAGGCUGCUGAUAUUCGAGAUUGUGAAAAACGAAAAGAUCGAACGAGAAAGCUUGCGAUCAUCAUGGGUAAGCGAAGUCGAGAAAAAUUUAGUUCAUUUUUGGAGGUAUUAAAAAGGGCAGAAAACUAUCCACAUGUUGCAGAGCAACUGGAAAAUUCAUAUAAAGCUAAAAUUGAGGAGGGUAGAAGAAAACGGGAAUGUGUUCUAUGUUACAUCAUUCGCAAUGUUAACAUCCGACACAUUAUUGAUACCCUCUGUUCCCAGUUUGUUGUUAGUUUGGAAUUUCUGGACGAAGUCAUUUCCUGUGAAGCUAAUGAUGCCGAAAAAAUGCAACGCUAUUGGAAGCGUUUAUUUGAGCAAAUGAAUACCUCAGUGUAUGCAAGUAGACAUCGGAAAGCUUUCAAGGAAUCCCUCCGAGAAAAGUACGAGCACAUUGCCAAAAAGAUAUCGGUGAAGAAUCAAAUCAAGUGUAGAUGUAAUGCCACCGAAACUAACAGAGUCAUUCGAGUUGAAAGUAUGUCUUGGCCAAGUGGUAGCCUCACAACAGAGGGGAAGAGCACAACCUCAACAGCAGCUAGACCAAAAUCUCACUUGAGUGCAGUCAGCACCAUAUCCGAAAAUGUCUCGGACAUAAGCAACGACGGGUAUGCUGGAAAUAUUCCACGCACCGUUGAAUGGGUCAGUAACUUGGAGGUUGAGGUUGAGUCAACAGAAAAUAACUUUACAAGCAUCCAGAGAGCCCAACCAUCAUACUCUGAAAUUGUUAAGACUCAAAGUGGAGUUGGUGAUGCACUGUGUUCCUCAAUGUUACAGGAUCAAAACACUUCCCUCUUGGCUAUAGGUGACGAUCUUCUCCUGCAGGCAGGAAUAAAUGAAAGUAUGAAAGAAAAAUACAACCAACAUCUCACUUCUUUCGUUGUUAGCUCCAAGGAUGAUAAACAUUUACUUGUCAACCAAACAGAAACAGAAAGAAAAGAAACAAAAUCCUCCAAGAAGAAAAGGAAAAAACGAAAAAGGGCGCAAUCCGAACCAAGCCCAACUUUACCUACUGAUGAAUAUAAAAUUAACAUAAGCCAAAGACUAUCUCUGUCUCAAGACUCAACUAAGAGCGAGCGCACAAUAGUGCAUCAUCUGUUUGACAACAUUCCAACCAUUGGCAUCACAGAUGAUAGCUCCGAAAAGCUUGGUUUAGAAACCUCAUUAGAACAAUGGCCACUCGAGAGCCCUAAAGUAUUGACAUCCCCUAGACAAAUAACUCCACUCGUAAAGGUUGGGUGCUCUGAUAAAGGGAAAAAUGAUAAAUGUAAGAAGAAAAAGAAGACAAAUCUCUAG